AUGGCCAUAAUGUGCUGUUUUCAGGUGAAUCCCAACCGUGAAAUGACGGUGGAAGAAUUCAAAGCCCGGCUUCUUCAGUUUGAAACGGACCACGAUGGACGUGUUAGCCAUGAUGAGCUAAAAGAGGCUCUUCAAAGCUUGAGGGUUUGGUUUCCUUGGUGGAAAGCUCGGCAAGUAAUGAAGGUAGCUGAUACGAAUCACAAUGGCCAAAUAGAAGGUGCCAAAGAAAUUGAGAAGCUAGUGAACUAUGCUCAACAACAAUUGCACAUGAAAAUUCAUGGAAGUCAUGAUAGGUGGUGA